GCCUCGAUUUUGCUUUGUAUUUUUUUUUUAAACUCUGUUUUCUUUUUCUGCCAUCUUGAUAGCUGUGGCUUCGUGGUGCCCAGUGGAAAAUCUUUUAGCGGAAAAUGUGUUCUGUGAAAUGCCGACUUCCCAGAGAUAAGAUUACAGUGAUCGGCUCAAGCUAGUUAUUGUAGCAACCGUUGGAGUCCGAAGACGAGUGUCCCCCAGUUUAGCUGUGGCUGUUUCAGAGUAUUGGCACAAAGCGAUUGGGUGUGAUGUGUUUAUACCUUUUGACUUGCUGACAGUGUAAUGAAUCCUGACUUGGACUCUGACCACAUGGAUUCGCCUUAUCCAUGGAAACUUAUAUCUCUUUCAGUAUCCAGCACUAUACUGGGCCUCGGAUUGCUUGGGCGGAGCCUGUAGCCGUGAACCAGGUCCGAAUGCUGUGAGUUCUAAACCCGGCCCAGGUGACGUAGCUUAGAGGGUGCUCGGUCUGACUUUGGUCAACGUGCAGUCGUGCGAAAGGGCAGAGCGUGGGGCACGGUCCCGGUUUUUUUUACAAAACCCUGUGGUGAUGCAAAUAAGCAGCCCGUGGAAUUUCUGGAUGGAGUUCAGGGAUCAGACCAGCGGGGAAGGAUCAGGUCGGCGAGAGAUGAGCGUGGGAUGCCCCUUCCAGACCAGCAAAUCCAGUUUGCUGACCAGAAGCAGGAGUUUAACAAGCGGCCCACCAAGAUUGGCCGGCGCUCACUGUCCCGGUCCAUCUCGCAGUCGUCCACAGACAGCUACAGCUCAGCUGCCUCCUACACAGACAGCUCUGACGAUGAGACCUCCCCGCGGGACAAGCAGCAGAAGAACUCUAAGGGGCAAAGUGACUUCUGCAUCAAGAACAUCAAGCAGGCGGAGUUUGGGCGCCGGGAGAUCGAGAUCGCUGAGCAGGAGAUGCCAGCGCUGAUGGCCCUGAGGAAGAGAGCCCAGGGGGAGAAACCCCUAGCUGGGGCCAAGGUGGUGGGAUGUACCCACAUCACUGCCCAGACAGCAGUUCUGAUGGAGACUCUGUCUGCCCUGGGUGCCCAGUGCAGGUGGGCCGCCUGCAACAUCUACUCCACCCAGAAUGAGGUGGCUGCCGCCCUGGGUGAGGGGGGGUUCUCGGUUUUUGCCUGGAAGGGGGAGUCUGAAGACGACUUCUGGUGGUGCAUCGACCGCUGCGUCAACGUGGAGGGAUGGCAGCCCAACAUGAUUCUGGAUGAUGGGGGCGACCUCACCCACUGGAUCUACAAGAAGUACCCCAACAUGUUCAAAAAGAUCAAAGGAAUCGUGGAAGAGAGUGUAACCGGGGUCCACAGGCUGUACCAGCUCUCCAAGGCCGGGAAGCUGUGCGUUCCAGCCAUGAACGUCAACGACUCGGUGACCAAGCAGAAGUUUGACAACCUCUACUGCUGCCGGGAGUCUAUUCUGGAUGGCCUGAAACGGACCACGGACGUGAUGUUCGGGGGGAAGCAGGUCGUGGUUUGCGGGUAUGGAGAAGUCGGCAAAGGCUGCUGUGCUGCUCUGAAGGCCAUGGGCUCCAUCGUCUACGUCACGGAGAUCGACCCCAUCUGCGCCCUGCAGGCCUGCAUGGAUGGAUUCAGGUUAGUGAAACUGAGUGAAGUCAUCCGUCAGGUGGACAUCGUCAUCACCUGCACAGGCAAUAAGAACGUGGUGGUGCGGGAAUACCUAGACCGCAUGAAAAACGGGUGCAUAGUCUGCAACAUGGGACACUCGAACACGGAGAUUGAUGUGGCCAGCCUGCGGACGCCUGAGCUGACCUGGGAGCGUGUGAGGUCACAGGUGGACCACGUUAUCUGGCCCGACGGCAAGAGGAUAGUCCUGCUGGCAGAGGGCCGCCUCCUGAACCUGAGCUGCUCGACGGUGCCCACCUUCGUGCUCUCCAUCACCGCCACCACACAGGCCCUCGCUCUGAUAGAGCUGUACAAUGCUCCUGAAGGCCGCUACAAGCAAGACGUCUACCUACUGCCCAAGAAAAUGGAUGAGUACGUCGCUAGCCUCCAUCUUCCCACAUUUGACGCACACCUCACCGAGCUGACGGAGGAGCAGGCCAAGUACCUGGGCCUGAAUAAGAACGGCCCCUUCAAGCCCAACUAUUACAGGUACUAAACUGGUGCGAAACUGGCAGAAGAAUAUAGGGAGCUUGGGGGGAAACACAGACUUCACAACUGUACAGACCAUGAAACGAGGAGAGAGGAGGUCAUUUUUUGCCCUGCCAUUUGAGUGGGAGGACCUCUGCUGUCUGGGAGUGGCGUGCAAACUUGCCAGUUUUUAUUUAACAUAGAAUAUUACACUCUAACCCUGUGAGUUGGUCCUGCUGCUUGGUCUCUUGGGAUGGAAGACGUAUCACUUCACAGCACAUUUUCUGUCACCCAGCCUGUCGGUCACCAUAAUGUCACUAAGUUUAUGUAUAAAACUAAAUUCUGUCUACAAAAAUGUAAAUAAGGAUGAAUGAGAACCUAUGAUGAUUUUAAUAUCCAUGAAUCUUCUUUUAUUCUUUGGAUCCUCAGACUAGGGUUUCGGGGAUUCAGUUUUAUUGGUUUUAUUUUUAUUUUAGAGCCACGAUCAAAAUUCAGAUUCCCCCCCCCCCCUAGUGAAGAUGGUGGUUGAAAACUAGCGGGGUUCCUUACCCCAGUCGAUCAAACACUAAGCCAAAUCUCUGUCUGCAUCGUACUACCUACCUUCGGACUUCCCAUUGUUUGUGAUUUAAGGAUUACCAGCUGUUCCAACGAAGCGGCCGUCACACUCGGACCUUUAUUCAUACCACAGAAGCUGUGAGUUUCACUUUGUUUUGCUUUCUGUCUAUGCUGAACCUAGGGACACGGUCUUGGUAUUAUAAAAUGGGUGUAUAUUUAGAUUUUUAUAUAGAAAUUAAGCCCUUUCCCCUUAUGCUUCCUUUAUCAUUUGUUUUUCUUAACCUUAACAAAAAACAAAAUAUUAUAAGGUGUAAUGCAUAUGUACUGAGCUGAGAAGCAGAAUCGUGUAGGGUUUGGCCUGGUCGUGGGCUCUCUCUGGGUCAAUGGGUACUUAACGGAGGAGAUAUUGCUGUCAUACUGCUAUACAGGUUGGCUUAAACCAGUGCGGAUACUGGAGGGGCCAUUUUAUCGGAAAUGUUUUAAUAUUAUGAUUUGAUAUUUACACAUAUAAAGAGUCUGAUGUCCCUAAUUGGUCUUUUGCCAACAUGGGUGGAAUAUGCCCUUCAUUUCAGUGUAUUUCUGACCUGCUUUUGAUUAGUUUGACCUAUGAACUUUUCCCUUUUGUUGGGGUGUGUCCCUGUGUCAUUGACACACAGCAUCUGAUGCUGAUUCCAUCAUUAAAGGCAACUGGAAGCCAGGCAUUCCAGCCUAGUUUGGGGGGAACUUUGUUAAUAAACAAUCUACUGCAUGGGAUUAAGAGCCGGCAAAAAGUCACAAGAAAGCAUCUGUUUUACACUCUGUGGAAUCUAUGAACAUGGCAAUGAUAUUUUAAGCUUCAUUCACUAUUCAUUUUUCUAUUUAUAGGGCAAAAUGUUACUCUUAAUAAGCAAUCAGGUGUUGUGUUGUAUACUAAUUAACUUCCAACUGAAGAUCAUUGCUCCGCCCCCGACCACAUUGACCUGGAAAAAUUCAUCCCACAUAGUUCGUGUCAAGUGUCCAUAACCAUAGUUGUUCAUUCAUUCUCAAAUCUGAGCUUUGCUGACUUCUCCUGUUCACGCGUACAAGCCCACGCCCUCCCGGUUCCAGGUGUUUCUAAUAUGUCAAUCGCAAACACCCAAGUGUUGCUGCCGUCUCCAGACUGCAGCGUGUGCGUCUGAGAGGAGUCAUCUGGCACCAUCAUCAGAAGGGAGGGUCGAUCAUCACCACCUUGGGCUGGUUAUAGACAAUAUGAAGAACAAAAAAAAGAGAAAUGUCCUGUAUUUAUUGUUGUAAAUCUUCAGUAAAAUUACAAAAUCUGAUUUUAAGUUGUCUAAAAAAAUGUUUUAAAUAUUGCAAGUGAUUAUGGUAGCAAUAAUGAAUCUGUAAACACAAUAAAAUAUGUAAAAAUA